CCAUCAUUCGGCACUGCUGUUGUAGCUUAACUUGACUAUUUCUCCUAAAUAUUUUUGCUAUCUCAAUACCUCGUGGCUCUCAUUUUCGCUCUCAUCGUCAGACUCACAUCAUGGCUCCCCUCGAUGCAGAGGGCGUUAUGUUUAUUCGAGAUUGCAUUAGCAACGAGAAGACUACCGGCCAGAUCACCGAGUUACUCGGCCUAGCUAAGCGCAACCGCAAGCCUGGCCAGCCUACGUUCCCAGAUCAGCCGGAUGUGCAGAACCUGUAUCGAGAGAUUAGAGACACGGUCGACGAUUUCGUCGUCAAAACCAAAGGGAAAACGCGACCCCAGUUAGUCGCCGUGUUGACCGAAGAACAUAUUUUCGCCGAGCCGAUCGCUGCCAUUAGCGCGCGGUUCGGAGACAAGAUAUGGGGUGUUUCAAAGAGGAGCCAUCUCCUCACACCCGAGGAGAACUCUUCUUACUCUAGGCCGCUUUUUUGGAACUCUGAGGAGGACCGCAAGAGGAUUCAAUUCCUCAUUCGCUGCUGGAUCGUGAAGACAGCAUCUAGACGCAUUGGGGUCGAGAACCGAAAGUCGAAGGAGGCACAGAAGAUACCGCAAUCUCCGUUAGCUGACAAGGGAAGGAACAUACACAAGAAGACAGUCGAAGUGUCAGAUGGGGAGAUAUCCGAGACGGAAGGUCGAGCUGGACCGAGCAAGCCUGCGACACCGGUUGCGGGGAGGCAGGCGCUGGGAGGUUCAUUUCAAGCGCCUAGGGCUCGUAUGUACCCUACGCCAACACCACAACCCCAAGCGAACACUGCUGAAGAGCAAGGUCCCAUCUUGCCACGAGCAGACCCGUCGCAUGUUGCUACUACUCAUGAUGAGUUGUAUGCAGACCCCCCACCGAAGUCUAAAAGCCCACCGAGUGCGAGCAAGCGGAAGAGCUUCGACGGCGCCAGCGAAUCGAAUCGCGGAAAGCUCCCGAAAGUAAAAAACCAUUGGAGAGGGACUAUUCCUGAGAUGUUGAAAAAUCGACAGGAAGAUGCGUACUCGGUGCCCCAGUCGCCGCCACCUGCUUCCGAUCCCUCUCUACAUCCCUUCCCUAAGUUCGGGCGUAGAAAGCAAAGAGAAAGCACACAGGACAGCGAUCCUACAUACGUCCCGUCGAGAGAAGGAAGCAUAGAGUCAGAGGCAGAACCUGACCCGGACUCAAGCAUGACGGAAGCCCCUGAUCUUUCACAGCGCAAUGCAGAAGAGCAAGGGCAUCCGCUCACAUUCGGUCACCACAUUCUCUCUACUAGUACACACCGCGAUUCCACCUACGGCCCCGUACAACGUGACUCUGUCAUUCCGGAUACCCCAGACAUCGGCACACCCAUGCCUAUGCCUAUUGACUUGACGGACGAUGAGCCUCCCCCAAGAGACAGCACUACUGUAGAGCCCCCACCAGUUGCUCGUACCCCCUUAACGAGCACCACAAUGGCUCCACCAUCGAACCCUUCUCUACGGAAGGAGAAGGAGCUACGCAGGGAACUCUUCAAGCUCCUCCUCUCGCGUCUAAACAACAUCAGCCCAUUCGAGCCGGGAUCAAAGGAUCACGAGGCUGAAGGACGACUGAACCAGCUGCUUCUUCACUUCUGGCUUAACGAUAAGGCGACUAUCCAACGCAAACUAGGCGACCGCUUCGAUCGGCUGUACGCAGCUUUCGAUAGCUGGAUGGAUAUGCGCAGGCGACUUUAUGCGUUCCAGACAUCGACUGGAUAUUUCGGUGACCCCGGCGAGGAGUGGAGGUUGCAUCUAAGGGGCUUGGGCUUAGGUUCAAAAGAGAGGGCAGAAGCUGUUAUUGCGCUAGUGGACUUGGUUGACUCUGAGAAGAACGGAAGGCAAUACGUCGGAGAAACAUUCAACGAUGCCCUCGCUACGCUUUUCGACCAAUUGACGCUGUUCCCGGCUUGUAAUGGUGCGGAGGAGUUCAAGGGAGUGGAGAGGUAUAACGAGACUUUGCUUCAAUGGUUUACCCAACUAUAGAGAGGAGGGCGUUCUUUCGGGCGGGCUCCCGGGAGAUCAAUAAUGAUAUGUUCCUCUCACAUUAAUGUGUCGGAAAUCUCAUGAACAGCCUUGCCGAUGAUCGAAACAUGCGUGUUGCAUCCCCAACGAACUCGUCCUCCUAAAUCAAAUGCCCUACCUAGUUCUUCAUCGGCUCCGCAUCACACCGAAAGAGACGCGCACCAGUAGUUCGCCGUGCAUGAGGCCUGCUGCAAGCCAUCCCUCGCCGUAAACGCCGUCUCCCC